CCUCCACAUGUUUCCCCGAAUAAAAACUACGUGAAGCUAAACCCAAACCCAAACCCAAACCCAAACGUCUAUAAAAUCUAUAUGUAGAAGCCGUGGACGCUCAUUGUCAAAGAUCGUGAUUCUUUUCAAGAUAAAAUCUUUCUCUUUAAUUCCUUCGUUUCCAUCGAAACCCUAAUCUCUGUUUGGGAUUUCACUUCCCGGGUCCGAAUCAUUUUUACGCUGGUGGAAUCAGGAAUGGAAUUGGAAGGUCAACGAGUCAUGAACGCGAGUAGGAUGAAGAUGAUGAAGAAGGAGGAGGAGGAGAAGAAGAAGAAGAGCAUAUACGUAAUAUGCGUGAGCUUGCUAAUGACGAGUCUGUGUGGAGGAUUGAUUCUGACAUGGUGGCUUUACAAAUACCAUCCCAAGAACAGUCAUCUAUGGAUGGUCCCUCCGGGUCUUGUCCUCUUCCUCACCCCGGUCGUCGUUUCCGCCUCCGUCCUGUUCUCUCACGUCUGCGAUGACACCGACGACCCCGAGGCUAGUGAUCAUUCCGGGCCAAGAUUCCGAAGUUAGAUGAGAGCAAAAAUGGUUUAGACUUAGGUGAUUACAGAUUGCGAUUUUGUAUAGAUUUUGUCCUUCUAUUUUUGUUCUUUCUGAAGCCAGAUUCGCUUGAAGUUGGCCAUCCUGAUAAUAAAAACCCUUGAGCUUCUUGGAUUCUUUAAUCGCUUUCUGUCAUCAAGAGAAGAAAUCUUUAAGACGUUGACUGGGCUGCAAAUUUGAAAGGGGGAGACUGAAAAUUUUUGGAGCAACAGUGUUGGGCGAUGAUGCAAUGACAGGACAGGAGUGAUUACAAUACGGAGGGGGAUCCAGAACUAGUGUGAGAUAAACCCACCUGCUCCAAGUUCUUCUUCGUUCCUGAUAAAACCCACCAAGAGAAGGAUGACCAAGAUUGGCCCCAUGACCCGGAAGAGAUACAUCUCCAACCCGGUCGGCUCGGGCCGUCGGGUCCAGGCCGGAGGGAACAACCGCUUUCAAAAGCCCGCCUUCAGGACCACUACAGAAUCUAAAAUCGUUAAAAGGCCCAUUAAUUUGGGUCAUAGAUUCGGGCCGAAUCAUACGGCCCAGUUAUGACUUACAUUAGAUAAAGCCCAACGAAAGACGAUCCAUAAAUAAAACUUGCGGUACUUUAUUCCUUUUGUCUAUAAUGCGACAACUUGGGAACAAUUAGGGAUAGUUCAGACCAGUUCUGUCCAUCUCCAUGAGAUGGGAUGGGAGUAUGUUUUUUUCUCGCCAUCAUUUUCUUUUGUCCUUUUUCCGUUUCGUCUCUCACUUUGUUUUCUUUUAAUUUUCUAUUGGUUUCUGAUUGAUUUUGGAGGUUAGUAAAUUUUUUAAUUACAAAAUCUUCAAUCCCAUGAUGCACCUCACCUCCAUUGUUUUUUUUCUUCUUUCUAAAACUUCAUUCUUCUGUCCUUUUUCUUAGUGUCUUCGUCGGGGGGUAGUCGAAAUCUGUCGCACUGCGUUUGGUGAGAGAAAGUCGAUCAUAUUUGCAAAACAACAAAGGUUUUCUGUGACUUUUUUUGCCUCAAGUUCCAGAAACCUCGCCGAUGUCCAAACGAACCAAAAGUCUUUAAAUUGCAGGGAAAUCAAAAUUUCUGUUGAGUAUUACGUCCCUUUCCUGCAUUGGGCUUUUGUCAAUUUACCAUCUGAUCGAGUUGAGUUGGUGAAAUUUCGAGGUUUUUUGAGUGGACGAAAUUAGGGUUUGGGUGAUUGGGCGACGGCGAAGUUUUAAAGACAGGUCCACAAGAUGCAGCAAACUCCGCAGAUGAUUCCAAUGGUUCCUUCAUUUCCUCCGACAAACAUCACAACCGAACAGAUCCAAAAGUACCUUGAUGAGAACAAAAAACUGAUCAUGGCGAUUUUGGAAAGUCAGAAUCUUGGGAAACUUGCGGAGUGUGCCCAGUAUCAAGCUGUGCUCCAGAAGAACUUGAUGUAUCUGGCUGCGAUUGCCGAUGCUCAGCCUCAGCAACCGCCAGCUCCAUCGGUGGCUCCCCAGAUGGCACCUCAUCCUGGAAUGAGACCACCAGCCUACUUCAUGCAGCAGCAGCAGCCACCCAACGUGAUAUUCCCUUCGAGGGGUCCUUUACAAUUCAACAGUCCUCAUCUUCAGCAGCUGCAGGACCCACAAGCCGCUGCUCAUGGCCACUUUGGCAUCGGACCCUUGGCCGUCAACAACGGGCCCCAACCUGCCACGACCAACCACCCUGAAACCUCUCUUGGAAGCGGCGGAAAUGAUAUCGGAUUCUCACAUUUACCGGUGGACUGAUGAUGUACCUUUGUUCCGUGGCAGCAGUGGGCCGGAACGAUGAUCGUGGUGGGAACAAACAAGAAGGAUUUGAUGCCGGGCAUAGUGGAGGAGAUGGAAAAUGAAAGAGAAAAGGUUCCGAAUGAAUUUGGUUUUGUUGAUAUUAGGAUUCAUGCCCUUCUAGCCUUAAUCUGUCCAAUUAGUUGUUGGUUUCUUUCACGAUGAUAUUAUUACGGUAGUGUUUUGAAAAUGAAGGUUGUUAACCGGUUCUGUAUGGUAUCAGAACCGGUUUAGUCUAGUGUAUGA